AUGAGUGAAGAGUCGGACGAGAGUUCUGUCGAAGAAUUGGGCGAAGAAUCAGAUAAUAGUUAUGUCGAAACGAAGACAUAUAAACCGACCAAAAAAUAUAAAUGGGAUAAAAAAUACUUACGUAAUCACAUCCAGACUCACAACACAAACAAGUUUGUGUGCGAUUACACGGGUUGUGAGAAGUCGUUCAAGAGUUCCGCAGGUCUGGAUGAUCACCGGCGCAGACACGCCAUUGAACCCACAUAUAAGUGCACUACUGAUGGAUGCGAUAAGAAGUUUGUCAAUAAAUUCCAACGCCGUAAACAUGAGGUCGCAGUUCACAGCCGUAAGCCAUUUGUUAAACCCACGCGUCGGUGCGAUUGGCCGGGAUGUGAUUACGAGGGUAUUUAUCUACACAAACACAUUCUGCAACACACGGGUGAGAAGAAGUUCCAGUGUUUAUGGCCAGAGUGUGGCAAACGGUUCGGUCGUAUUGACAAUUUCAAAUACCACAUGAAUAUUCAUAAUAACGUUAAGCCACAAACAACACUUCGAGUCGUUAAAGCCAUUAAACAAGACAUUAAGAAGACUUCAGAAAAGAGAAUCACUAAAACAAAUGUCAAUCAAAUGAAUGAUAAGAACGAAGACAUAAGUGAAGAGUCAGACGAGAGUUUUGCCGAAGAAUUGGGUGAAGAAUCGGAUAAUAGUUAUGUCGAAACGAAGAAACGACAUCUUUUGAGAAAACAUGAAAUGACCGCACAUUCAAGUGAUAACCCAUUUAAAUGUGAGUUCAAUGGAUGUCAAUAUGAAAGCCGUUCCACAGAAUACUUACGUAAUCACAUCCAGACUCACAACACUAACAAAUUUGUGUGCGAUUACACGGGUUGUGAGAAGUCGUUCAAGAGUUGCGGAGGUCUGGAUCUUCACCGGCGCGGACACGCCAUUGAACCCACAUAUAAGUGCAACACUGAUGGAUGCGAUGAGAAGUUUGUCAAUAAAUGGCACCGCCGUAAACAUGAGGUCGCAGUUCACGGCCGUAAGCCAUUUGUUAAACCCAAACGUCGGUGCGAUUGGCCGGGAUGUGAUUACGAGGGUAUUUAUCUACACAAACACAUUCUGCAACACACGGGUGAGAAGAAGUUCCAGUGUUUAUGGCCAGAGUGUGGCAAACGGUUCGCACGCGUCGACUAUUUCAAAUACCACAUGAAUAUUCAUAAUAACGUUAAGCCGUAUGUGUGCUGUUGGCCCGGAUGUACACACAGUUACGCCAAUAACGCUAACCUUCACUCACAUAUUAAGAGAUUUCACACCAAAUAA